AGUCCCUCAACUCUCCAAUGUCACCGGACAGGAUGAUGAUCAUUGGACUUCUGCUCAAUGUCUUCUCUCAUGGUAGCGUGCCAGUGUCUGCGUCCUUAGACUGUCUGGUGGCGGAGCAGGGCUGCAUCCAGGAGCAGUCCUGCAUGGUCAUCUAUCGCCUGCUGGAGUACUGCGCCGCCGAGGAGGCCGUGUCUCCCCUCGGCCCAGAUGCCCGCCUGGAGUGCCUGGAGGCCCAGAACUCCUUGCAGCAUUAUCGCCCCCUUCAAGUUUGCAAGUGUCAGCGUGGCUCUCGCAGGGAGGAACACUGCCUCAGGGUCUACUGGACUGUGAGAUUUGCAGCAUAUGAUGAAUACGACGUGUCUCCGUAUGAAGAACUGGAGUUAAAUCUGGUGAGAAACAUAGAGAUGUCCCGUAUGGCCUCCAUCAUGGCAGCCUCCUCCCUAUCCGUGGACGGCCAAAACCAGUGUCUGAAGGCAGCUCAGGACUGUGGCCUCUAUGAGAAAUGUGGCUCCCUGCGGUCAGAAUACGUUGUGGCCUGCACCAAGCGAGCAACAGUCUCUGACAACAGCUGUAACCGCCAGAAAUGCCACAAAGCCCUGCGGCGCUUCCUGGAGCGUGUGCCAGAGGAGUACAGCUUUGCUUUGCUCUUCUGUCCCUGCUCUGACACUCUGUGCGGGGAGCGCCGGAGGAAAACCAUCGUCCCGUCAUGUUCCUAUGAGGAGAGCGCGAGAGGGGAGGAAAGAGUGGGCAAACCCAACUGCCUCAGCCUGCAGAACUACUGCUCCAGAGACGAGCUGUGUAGAUCCCGGUUUGCUGAUUUCCAGCACAACUGCCAGCCCUCCCCUCUCUCUGCCUCUGGCUGUAUGCGAGAGAGCAGAGCCAUGUGCCUGAAGGCCUACGCUGGACUCAUAGGAACCAUCAUGACUCCAAACUACGUGAGCAACAGCAGCACAGAGGUGUCCCAGUGGUGCACAUGUGAAGGCAGCGGCAACGAAUGGCAAGGAUGUCAGCGCAUCCUGCACAUGUUCAGCAGCAACAUAUGCCUACGCAAUGCCAUCAGCUCCAUGGGAAUCUCCGCACCUCCUCCUGUGGAAAACACUCCAGUGCCAGCUUCUCAGCCCUCCCCACGCGUCUACCAGGAGACGGUCCAUGUCAGCGUUAACACUCUCCCUGAAUUCAACAGUAUGGAGGACAGUGAGGAAGAGGAGCAGGAGGAGGAAGCGAGCGAGGAGUUCAACGUCAUCCCGCCGUAUUCCGAGAAGGACUCUAACAUGGAAUCGGGUGCGAGAGGGAGCCAGCGGGGAGCAGCCGGCCAAGCAGCGCCCAUGUUACCAUUACUGCUGCUGACCACGCUCGUGUUGGACUGGGAGCGCUGGAGCUACUGAAGCCUCCACCUCCUUCUCAUUUUACACUGUCGAAUCCAUGUCAGCGCUCAGAAUGAACCACAGCGGACAGUUUGCGAAGGAGAAAUGUAAAUGCUCAUACCGUUUUUUUAUUUUCCCGUUUCAUUUUUUUAUUAUUAUUUUUUUAAAUAUCUUAGCUUUGUUUUAUAAUUCUGUUUUUCCUCUUGAGCCUUUUCAGGAGUUAAAAGAUAUCAGUAGCUCCACCAUGUCUUUGCUCGAGUCAUCUCCUAUGAAAGGAAGGAAACAACGUGAGCAGAUACAUGAGUGGACGGGUGAAUUGAGAAGUGCUGUCUGGGCAAAUACUCUAUCUAGAGCCUGCUUCACACUCAAAGUGCAUCCCCUCCUUUAACAAGAAGCACAUCGCCCAAGGCCACAUAUACUAUACGUGCUCCCAAAAACCAUAACCAGUCGACUCCACUGCAACCAGGCAUGAGCGCAGCUUUUGAUUUCUAUUUCAUGACUCAUGUCACAUCCGUUUCUCUGCUGCCCCUUCGGCUUUUCCUCUCCCUCCUUCAUACUGUGGUUGAGUAAGAUAAUCCACUUUACAACAAGCUAAUAAGAACCCGCACCGCACUUAAACUGCUUUGUGCCAUUUAAAAAAAGAAAAAGAACAGAAAGAGGAACCGCUUUUUGAAGUUGCUUCAUUUACAAAGUGAUAAGAUGUGAACCGGUGUGUGGUCGCAUUAUGUACGGUUCUUCUCGCUUUGUUAACCAAAAAAAAAAACAACAAGAAAAAAAAAACUGAGUGCAACAGUCACCCUGCUCUUCUUCUUCUGUUAACAUGCCACUUAGUAUCAUUCCUACUGGCUGAGAAUUCAACCACGGGCAAAAGUAAUGAGAUCAAAUUCUAUUGUAGAAAUGACGAGGAGAGAAAAGCAACAUAAGCAAUUACAGCACAAUUCAAAUUGCUCAGCAUGCACGGGAAGUCUGGAGUAAAGCUCAGGGGAGGAAAAAGCCAAUUUACUGCUGUCAUAGCCUCUCACUUUUUUCUUUAUCCCUAGGAGAUGUGUUUUUAGUGCUCCUUCCCCAUCAUGUACUUCAGAUGUGAGAGCGAGAUGCGGCGAUAAGGGACGGACACAGGAGGCUGUAAAGCCUGCCGGCUGCUCUGAUCAUUGAGCAGCACAUUGAGCCAUUCUCUCUGCCUGAAAUAUCUUUUGCUGAUGUUAAUGAUUUUUUUUCUUAUGGCUCAUUUUCUUGUGAAAUUAUGCAGCUGCAGGGAUGUAGGUAAAGAGAAGUAUAGCGAAGUUUUUUUUUUUUUUUUAGAGGGAUAAACUUGAUGAUGAGUUUGCAAGAAAUAGCGAGUCUGAGCUCUGCAAAGAAAAUGUUUAAAUUGCUUCAUGUUGUGUCUAAUGACACAGAGUACUAUACUAUUGACUCAUUGUAGCUAUACAUUCGUGUUUACUUAAAAAAAACCAUCAUUGUAUGUAAUUGAAGAACUGCAGCGGUAGGUGAACUCAAACGGCAAACAGAUGUUAGAAAAUCAAUCGGUGAACCUAUGUGACCCAUUUUUUUUGGCUCCACUACUGGAUUUGUUUACAUGAUGGUUUAUUCACACGAAGACCGAACUUUGGAUACGGAUCGAUAGUUUAAAAGGCAGAAAUGCUUGGGCAGCAGAUGAAACUGUUUCCCUGAGUGCAGGUCGAUCCUGUACUUCAAAGUUGAUUGAAGUCAUAGUUGGACUUUGACUGGAUGUUGUAAGAUUAGUAAACCUGCAGUGACUGUUACCCACUUUAGGGCAAAAUGACAUCAUGCAGGUUUUUGACCACAUUCUGGUUGAGAGAAGCCAAGAGGUGGAUGAGGAAAAGGUGAGUUAGCAAAGCUCUGAAGUGUGACAGCGAGCUCAGUUGGCGCAAAGAAAACAUAUUUGGACUGAAUAAUUGAAGUAAAAAGCCUGACUGGACAUCCAGCUGGUAUUCAAAUUUAUAAAUCAGACCGUAGAGGAGACACGGCGUUAAAUAAACACGUUAAUUAAACAUUACGGUGUCACAGUGCAGCAAAUCAAAUCUCUCCGCUGCAGCGAGUUUUAAAGCAUCCGACAAACAGCGUCCAGUGACAAGCGUCAGUAACUGCAUCCAGUGUGCUCUGGCCUUAAUACUUAAUGUGAGUUUACAUGUCUUUUCACUUUUCAGUAGGUUUGUUUAUAUUUGUAAACUAUGUAAAGUAAACAUUUUCAUCAAAUGUUGUUUUUAUUUUUUGAGAAGUUAAAAAAAAAAAGAAGAAAAAAAAGCACUGCUUACUCUUCAUCCAUAAAUCAAAUUCUUUAAGAAAAUGUGUGAAUAUUUCCCGAGUUAGAAAAGUUUGUAGGUGAUAUCAUGAAAGCUGUGAGACGAUGUACAGUACUGUUUCACAUGGUAAUCUUCUUGUAAAAACAUAUCAAACAUGCCAAAUAAUUCUAACUAUAAUGUGUAUUAAUUGUGUACUUUUGUGACAUAGCGGAAAGUGUGCCAAUUUGUUAAAAGAAUAAAAGUCACAUUGGAAA